AUGGGCUGGGAGCCCAAGCUUCCUGCUGCAGCUCAGGCAGCCUCUUUUGGGGUGGGGGCUGGGGGCCAGGCCAAAAGUCUCUGCCUGCUGAAGACUCCCGGGCACCAGAAACUAAAUGACCACAGCUUGCAGUGGACAUGGGGAAGAAGCUGGUGAUGGCCCAGAAGCGGGGAGAGACCCGGGCCCUUUGCCUGGGUGUGGCCAUGGUGCUGUGCGCUGUCAUCGCCUACUAUAUCCUGGGCACGACCAUGCUGCCCCUCUACCAGAAAAGCGUGUGGACCCAGAAAUCCAUGUGCCAUCUGAUUGAGACCAACAUCAGGGAGCAGCAAGAACUGGAGGGCAAGAAGGUACCCCAGUACCCAUGCCUGUGGGUCAACGUGUCAGCUGUGGGCCGGUGGGCUGUGCUGUACCACACAGAGGACACUCGGGACCAGAACCAGCAGUGCUCCUACAUCCCAGGCAGCCUGGAGAACUACCAAGCGGCCCGGGCUGAUGUGGAGAACGUCAGGGCCACAUUCCACAAGAAACCGAUUUUCUACUGCUUCUCAACAAGUCGGGAGAAUGAGACCAGUGUCCUGUACCAGCGCCUCUAUGGGCCCCAGACCCUCCUCUUCUCUCUCUUCUGGCCCACCUUCCUGCUGACCGGAGGUCUCCUCAUUAUCGUCAUGGUGAAGAUCAACCAGUCCCUUUCCAUCCUGGCGGCUCAGAAGUAGACCUAUCCUUGCCACAGAGAUGCGGGGGCCGCAGGGGACUGGGUGGGUCCCCAGCUGGCUCCCUACUUGGGUACCCCUGCCCCCUCCCCCUGCCUUCUCACUGUUCUGCUCCGUCCCAUAACAACCUCUGCUACCUGCAUGGGCUUUGGGAAGUCCCUUUGUCAUGUCAUUCCUGAUUAAGAAUGUACACGGGUUCCCUGGUGCUUCAGAGAGCUCAAGGCCGGCUGGUGACCACUUCCCAUUACCUGUCCCCACUCAGCUGACUGAAACCCACUUCCUGCUGCGCCCCCACCAGCCCACAGACGACAAGGAUGCUCGUCUCCGUGCCGGCAUACCUGUGGUCGGCUCGAAGGCCUAGCUUUGUCAUCCUUGGCAGACCUCGCUUCCUUCUUUGAAUUCCAUAAUGAAAACCACAGCAGCUCCCAUGUAUAGAGAACAUUUAGAAUUUGCUUGUAGGACACUAGGUGCUAUGUACGUUUUUAUUCCAAUAUUAACAAAUAUAGGUACAAACUUCCAGUUGCAAAAUACUGAAGUCCUGGGGAUAUAAGGGACAGCAUGGUGACGACAGUUAGCUGUACUGUAUUGCAUAGUUGAAAGUGGCUAAGAGAGUAAAUCUUAAAGGUUCUCAUCCCAAGAAAAGA